AUGCGACUAAGGCUGAAGCACAGUCUAGGCUCCAUGUCCGAUGUUGCAGUAUAUGCUCCUACCGAGGUGUGUGAAACUGAAGAGGAGACAUUCUAUGCCAAACUCGACUCUGUACUGGACCAGUGUCCCUGUCGUGAUGCACUUAAUGUCUUGGGAGACUUUAAUGCUGUCACUGGCACUGAGAGAGCCGGCUACGAGUUAUGUGUUGGUCCCUAUGGCUCUGGUACAAGGAACGACAACAGCUCUUUCCUUCUGAAUCUUGCAAGAUCCAGAAGAUUGAGAACUGCAGAUUCUUGGUAUCAGAGAUCAGCGCUACACCGCUGGCUUGUUGCUACACUCAAGCUUCAUGUCAAAUCCAGAAAGCCUCCAAGAUGUGACCACACUGUGUUUCAUCCUGAGAGACUAAAGGACUUGAAAUGUGCCCAGGAGUAUGUAGUGACAGUCUCCAAUCGGUUUGGAGUGCUCGACACUCUUGAGAACCCAGUAGAACUAUGA